CACUCUCUCUAAAUAACGUCUCCCACUCUGUUCUCUGGUAUAUGCAGGCAUAAAAAGGAAAACGAGAUUAUUUGAGCAUUGGAUUUUCCGGUGGCCGGAAAAUGGUGGAUCCUGACAUUUCCGGCGAAGAUGCUGGCGCUACAGAGCUUCUGUUAUUGGAGAAUGGCGAAAACAGGGAUUCAUGGCGCCUCAACUUUGAGGAUUUCAAGCGUGUUUCAGAUGCCAAAGAGGCAUCGGGUCCUAAAGGCCUCCAUGGUUGCCUUGGAGUUUUAGGUACGGGGGAUGUUGUUGCUGAAUAUUAUCAACAACAGGAGGAAAUGCUGGAGGGAUUUAUGGAGAUGGACACCAUAGCACAACGAGGUUUUAUUCCUGGAAUGUCAAAGGAAGAGCGUGAAAGGACUGCCAAAAGUGAGACACUUGCAAUUAGAAUAUCAAACAUUGCAAACAUUGUUCUUUUUAUUGCAAAAGUGUAUGCAUCAGUGAGGAGUGGUUCAUUGGCUAUCAUCGCCUCCACUUUGGACUCUCUCUUGGAUCUUUUAUCAGGGUUUAUUCUGUGGUUUACUGCAUUCUCCAUGCAAACACAAAACCCUUAUCAAUACCCUAUUGGGAAAAAGCGCAUGCAACCUUUGGGUAUUUUAGUUUUUGCCUCCGUCAUGGCCACACUGGGUUUGCAGAUAAUAUUAGAGUCCGUCCGCACCCUCAUAUCUGAUGAAGACGAGUUCUCCUUGACAGCAGAGCAACAACUUUGGGUGAUUGGAAUAAUGCUUUCUGUUACACUGGUGAAGUUUGCCCUUGUUAUAUAUUGCCGCUCCUUCACCAAUGAGAUUGUCAAGGCUUAUGCUCAAGAUCACUUCUUUGAUGUGAUCACCAAUGUCAUUGGGCUUAUUGCUGCCCUUCUCGCCAACUCAAUUGAUGAUUGGAUCGACCCCUUUGGCGCUAUAGUGCUGGCAUUGUACACUAUUCGAACAUGGUCGGCCACUGUCCUCGAGAACGUGAACUCAUUAGUCGGGCGAUCGGCUGCACCCGAAUACUUGCAAAAGCUAACUUACCUUUGCUGGAACCAUCACAAGGCAAUCAAACACAUUGACACGGUGAGAGCUUACACAUUUAGCUCUCACUACUUUGUGGAAGUGGACAUUGUUUUGCCAGCUGAUAUGGCCUUGCAAGAGGCCCAUGACAUUGGGGAGUCACUGCAAGAGAAACUAGAACUUCUGCCUGAGAUAGAGAGAGCCUUUGUACACCUUGACUAUGAAUACACACACAAGCCUGAGCAUGCACAGGCUCAUUUGUAACCUGUAGCUGGCUAGAGAGAGAGAGACAAUGAGAUGGGUUCACCAGUGUAGCAAGCCUAUUGUAUACCACUAGUAUACUUCGUGUUGUAGACUGGUAGUACGUAAUGUCUUAAAAGCUGAAAUGGGUAUUUUUGGGUUUCCACA